AUGGGGCAGAGAGACACCAAAGCAUCAUUUGUCACGGCUUUGUCUGCCUAUCAGGGUCACUUUCCUUCUUUUCGUACCGGAUGCACUUUCGGUUCCACAGCUGGUGGCUCCGAUUCUGGCAAUCUGCCCCUGUUUGGGGCUGGGACAUCUGAGAAGCGGCCUUGCUCGGCCCAGGUCGACUUCCCGAACAAACGCCCACAGCACAUCGCAACCGGUAAAUCGACAACACCAGAUCAGAAGACUCAAGAAACUGAGAUCAAAGGCACUACAUCAGGGGUUGUUGUAGUUCAGACUCCGGGCACAUCUGUUGCGGUCUCACCUGAUGGCGAACAUGCCCAAGACGCCACCACCCAUCAUUCAACUCCCGCACAAACAACUUCGACAGCCGUUGGUGGUAGGGUCAUCUUCGGCCAGCCCAGUCUAGCUCAACACCCGUCCGUUCCCAGAGCCUGCCUCUUCGGGGCCACUUCCGGGAUGGUCCAGCAAUCCCAGGACAACACGCAGACAGGCAACGCAGCACAUCUUCCAGCACCUGAACCUUCGUUCGGAGGUAUGGGCUCGUCUUCGGUGAACUCUGGUUCGACGGGCCGUCAACGUUAG